AUGUUUAUCAAUAUUCUCAGCACGUCCCAAAAUAAUAAAGAAGUUGUCACUGAUACUCAUAAUCGAACUCUGAAUGAAGCAGAAAAAGAUUUUAUAGGGCAUUCGAUAUUUCAGGGAUAUACUCAAACAAGUGAUUUGAUAUUUAAUACUCAAGAAAAGAUUAACGCGAAUUUAAUUGAAAAAACAAGUAAUCCAAAUGAUUAUAACCAAAACAACAAUUCAAGUCCAGUUGAUGAGUUAGGGAACCAGAACUGUAUAUCACUAGAAGCAUUAAAGGGAAAAAUGAGCCAAGAUGUAGCCUUUGAUUCUGAUUUCAAAAAUAAAUCAAAAAAUAACUUAGAUUUAAACUGGCAAGAAGGAAAAGUAUCCAUAAAAAAAGGUAAAAUUAAGGUUGAAUGUAACUAUGCAUUUACUCCAACUAAAUCCAGUUUAAGGGUAAGGUGUAUAUAUUGCAAAAAAAUUUAUUUUAGUGUUAAAGGAUUUAUAAAUCAUAGAGGACGGUGUAUUUAUUAUAAAACUUUCCAAAAUACACAAUAUGAGAAUAACUCUCAAAAUUGUAAAAGCAAUUCAAAUAAAUAUUCACUAUUAAAUCCCAUAGAAAAAUCUUUUAUGAACAACAAUCAGCAAAUAUUAAACUCAUUGGUUAGUACUCAACAAACUGAAAAUAGUCAAUACAAUGCAAAAACUAAUUCCAGUUUACAAAGCACAACAAAUGAAGAUGCAAUAUUAUUUAAUUAUAACUUUGAUAAUAAAUUCUCUUUUGAAGAUAAAGAAAUACAAGACAACCUAAAUACAAAAAAUUUAUUAAGUAAGGCAACGAAUGGAAAUUUUCAUAUCAUUGACUCUGAUAAAAAUGUUAAUUCAAAUUCAUCACAAUUUGAACUAAAUAAAAAGUUAAACAGCAAGAUAGAGAAUAGAAGUUUGUACCGUGAUAAAGUAGACAUUGAAAACUUCAAGAUGUAUUUAUAUGCAGCAAUUUCUUGCCUUCCUAAAUAUCUUGUGGCAAAAAUAUUGAAAAAAAUAAAUCCCGAUGCUUCAGUUGUUAUUGAUGAAAAUUCUGAACAAAAUAUUACAAAAGAAGAGUUAAUUGAUAUCUUAUUUCUUGGAAUGGAGCCAACAGUUGUAAAAAACAGUUCUGAGUUAAAAAGUCAAACAAAUGAAGAACCAAUUGAAUCGAAUAAAUGCCUAUUGAAUAAGUUGCAAAGUAAUAAAACAGAAAAAAUAGAGUUAGAACUUGAGUCAAUCAAGCCAGAAAAGCAGAAUAACAAUGAAGUUUUAAAAGAUGAAAGUUUUCAAUCUAAUAUACCCGUAUUCUUUAGGCAUUCAUUACCUAAAGAUUCAGAGUGGAAGUGUUAUAUUUGUAAAGCUCAAAGAGAGGGAAAAGAGAGUAUGAAUAUGUGCGUAAACUGUGGAUAUGUUUAUCAUUUGAUAUGUCAAAACCAGAUUAAUAGGACUACAAAAAAUGAUUGGUUUUGUGACUAUUGCAAGACCUAUGGAAAUAAACUUAAACCUGGAUCAAAAUUUCAAAUUGGAGAAUUAGUAUGGGUAAAUUAUAAAGGAACAUUUUGGCCUGCACAAAUAAUGGAGUUUUCUAAAGAACAAUUUGAAGCUUUUAUUUUUCAUAUUGAGAAAAGAGUAGAAAAAAGUUCAAAUGAAAUAUUAUCUUGGUCAAAAGGGAUUACAUCAAUAGAUGGGCUUGCUUCAAAAGGUACUUUUGUUCGUGAAUCUGUCUCAAGUGUUAUGCACUGGCAAUCCGUUUACAAAGCAAUUAAGUACUAUACGAGUUCCUUGAGGUCAAAACAAAGAAGGCUACCACAAAUUAACAGCAAAAAGAAUAAAUCACCUGGAUUCAUGAUGGAUGAUAUAAGAAAAAAGAAAAUAGGAAAUCAAGCAUUAGAUGAUUCAAAUUCUGAGACACAAGUUUUUCAUCCAAUACCUAAUCGAAUAAGUGGUGAGUUAGAAUAA